AUGAUCGUGGCAAGUGUGGUAAGGCGAAGUCUUCCGGGAAGGCGAAAUCGCGUUCAUCUCGUACCGGACUACAAUUUCCCGAAGGCCGCAUCCACCGCAAACGCGCCAGUAUACCUGGCUGCUGUGCUCGAAUGGUUGGCGGCUGAAGUGCUGGAGCUUGCUGGAAAUGCGGCACGCGACAACAAAAGGACGAAGAUCAACCGGCGGCACUUGCAGUUGGCCGUGCGCAACGAUGAGGAGCUGAAUGGGCUGCUGGCCGGAGUGAUGAUGUUCCAAGGCGGUGUACUGCCGAACAUCCAGGCGGUACUUCUUCCUUACACGUAUAUUCCACAGGCCGAGUACAACCGUGCCAGGCCUUUCGGCCCACACCUGCAGAUAUCCAGGCCAUUGAUGUCCACACUACCGAUUAUCGGCUAUGAAGCAUCGUUGACGGGUGAAUGGAUGCAGUGGAAAUCAAAGGUGCUCCAGAUCGAAUUAGAAACACUUCGGAUUGCUGCUGCUGAUAUGGUGAUACCUACAGUGGACACUUGGCGACAUGAAAUGCUUCCCAACACUUGGCUAUCCGAGCACAAACCACUGGUGCUCGGUGGUCCGCCAGGUUCCGGCAAAACAAAUGGCUUUUACCGUACGUCAGAUCAGACUUGGGUUUCGCUUGAACGAAUCCAGUUUGUUGGGGCUUGUAAUCCGCCAAUCGAUCCUGGUCGACAUCCGCUUUCGUUGCGUUUCUUGCGCUAUGUCCCUGCGGUAUAUGUAGAAUAUCCGGAACAAACAUCACUGGUGUAA